AAACAAACUGUUCUUGAAAUUUCAGAAAAGUUGUGCUUGUCGUCCAGGACGUCGGCCGACAUGAAGGCUACACCUGAUCUCGCCACUAACACUGGAGAGUCAUUGUUCGGAUCUGGCCGGCACUCCUCCGGAUCCCUUCUCCGAUUCUCACAAAGCUUCCAGUCCAAAAAAAAAUCAGAGUGGAAUAUCACUGUAUCUUGAGGUGAGGCCGCCGCGGCCGUCUGUUGACGUCCAUGCCGCCUCCGUGCACCCUUAGAGCAAGGCCAGCUGCGUGAAAUCCGCCGGAGUUUGCGACCAGGAAGUCAAUCGAGUCCAUCGGCGAUCUCACACUUGAGGCAACAACGGUGCUCGCACGUCUUUUCGGCGCGGCAGGAGAUGGCCGACCAAGGUCUCUGCACAGGGGGUUACGCUAGCUGCUCACUUUGCUAGGUUGAUUUUGGACCUGGAGUGCUUAUGGGCCAAGCUCACUUGAACUGGUUUUUCUUUUAGACAGAGCUUCCAAACAACAGAAGAGCUAAGUAUACUCCUGAAUUUUACAUCAUCAUUAAUCCAAAAAAGAUUUGAAAAAAAAUCAUAAAUUCAAACACUUGAAAAGAUAAAUUAAGUGGUAUAAUUGCUUUUACUCUUUUCAAAUGUGUGUAAUUUUAACAUUGAAAAAUGGACUCAUGAAAUCCGAUCACUCACAUACACCGGACGAGCACACACACUCGUACAAUGGCCGAGCACACACACUCGCGCCACCGGAUAAUGUCAUAUGGGUGUGGCGAUUAAUAAGCUCCAAUAUAAAUGUUAAUACCACACACUCUUGAUUUCAUACGAGUUCAUGCGUGCUCUUACCCCUUCCUAGUGCAUCACACUCCGACCUCGGGGGACGUGUCGCCCGUUCAAAAGUUUUUACUUGCGGGUUUGAACUACUAACCUUGGGCGGCGAGUUAAACUCUUGUUAGGGGCCUAGAGCCACACUCUUCCGAGCAAUUUUUUCACUUAAUUGACAUUCACAUUUCCCGAAAAGGUUGAUAUACUUUAGUUCUGUGGGGUUGGAUUAUCCGUUCGAAUGAUGACUCCGAGUCACUUACUCGCGGAUUCAAUCUUCCUUUCGGAGACUGGGUUGAGGCCUAACUUGGGAACUUGAUGUCACUCUUUUCGAGUGGUGAGUCUGACUCACUUACUCACCGGCCGUGAUUCAGCACCGGGUCAGAUGCUCUAUUCUACACUUGUUGCUUUUAUGUGUAGGUACGACUGAACGAAGACGGGCCUGAUGAGUUUGAGCCCGAUGAGAAGAACGGUUCUAGCCAUCCUCUUCGCUGAUGGUGACCAUUGCAAUAAAGGCGGAAGAUUUCACCCUUUGCUUCAUCUUGGGGCAACAGGGAUCUUCCAGUCUCGGAGAAGGGCAACUGACUUGGACUACUCCCUCUUAGCCGGGUCUACUACUCGACUAAGGGAGCGGGGGACUCGUGAUGGAGUUAUGGGACUAGGCCCAGAGCCUAAUCGGCCCAAGCCCCAAAAUUGGACCCGUGGAUCCAGAUCCACAACCUGGAGCCUGCCUACCACCCCAACGGGGAGCCUGCCAGUCCGGCCGACCUGCCAGCCAAGAAGUAACGGUCAAACAAUUAAUGCGCUGUUUAAUUGUGUAUUUAAUUCCGUAUUAAUGUUGUAAUUAAUUAGUUAUUAAUAUCGGUAGCGGUUACGAAUUGUAUACGCCUAUAAAAGGCACGUUGUAAUUCAAACUAAGGGAGCAAUUUCAUAUG